CGUUUCAUGCUGUCGCACGUUGUUUACGUCUGAAUAACCUAUAUUCUCUCAUGAAUUACUGUUUAAUAAAGCUUAUUUAUCCUGUAAAUUGUGACAAUGGUGAAGAGAGGUGCUAAAGCCUCUAUAUCAGAGGAUGAAGAGUCAUGCCAGUUGUUAAAUGAAAGCGAAUCAAAGAAAUCAGAGCCCGCGAAGAAACGCUUAAAAACUAAAAGUUUGUAUCGGCAACCGACUGUCAACGAACUAAAUAGACUUCAGGAAACCGAGAACUUGUUCAACUCAAACUUAUUCCGUCUCCAAAUAGAGGAAAUAUUACAAGAGGUUAAGUUGAAAGAGAAAACUGAGAAGAAAAUACAAACUUGGUUUGAAGGUUUAAAAAAGCAUCUAGAAGAUAUCCCUGAGGAUGACACAGAAUAUGAUUUAACUGAAAAAACCUUAGUUAAGAAGCUCAAGGUUAAAUUACCGGUGAACAAUCAGCUAGACAAGACAAAAUGUGUCUUUAAAUUUCACAAGUUUAAAAGUGUUGAACUGGUUGGUUCAUAUGCCUUAGGCUGUCCUAUAAACUCCAAAUUGGUAAUAGAUAUACAAAUAACUGUACCCGCAGAGACUUACACCAAAAACGACUCAAUAAACUACAGAUAUCAUAAAAAACGGGCAGCAUAUUUAGCAUACACAGCGUCACACUUGAAAACACUAGAAACUCUUGAAGACCUAUCAUAUUCGUUUUUAAACGGAUGUCAAACACAUCCAGUCCUGGAUUUAAAACCUGUUGGAAAGUUGGGGAACUCCAUAACAGCCCGGAUUCACAUAGCUUGUGAAGCUGAAGCAUAUAAACUGCACCGAUUCGGCCCUAGCCGUAACAAUUUAAGAGAGACAUGGUUAUUAAAUAAAGAGAAUGAAAACAACUCCGAUGUUGGACCUCCUACCCCAUACUACAACAGUAGUGUUCUCUCCGAUAUAACAGCAUCAGCGAAUAUAGAUUUUCUAAAGGAAACCUUAAGUAAUAGUGAAAAUUUAAAGCAAGCGGUAGUGUUGCUGAAAAUAUGGCUUCGGCAAAGAAAGCUGCAAGUGUCAGGGUUUAUCAUCAGUAUGCUGGUUGCACAUCUUGUUCAGAUAAAGAGGAUAAAUAAUAUUAUGAGCAGUUAUCAGAUUAUUAGGAAUGUCUGGAUUUCAUUAAAAACCUCCCAAUGGGCCAAAGGCAUCUCCCUCAAUAAAGACACCAGCUCUCCACCGGUCUCAGAGUUCAACUUCCCCGUAGUAUUCCUCGAUAUUACUGGUUCCUACAAUAUUUGCUGGCAGAUGAGUGCUGGAACAUAUGAGGCGUUGAAGCGUGAGGCGAGCUUAGCGGUUGAUAUGUUAGAUGAUGGUAGUGUGAACAGCUUCAUACCGUUGUUUAUGACACCGGUGACGCCAUUACUGCAGUAUGAUUACAUUUUGAGGUUUAAAAACUUCCCAAAACUGAAGCAAGCAGUUCUAGAUAAAGCACCUCUAGACUCCAAAGUGAACUAUGGCAUAGACGAGCUACCUCUAGUAGUGGAAACUCUACACUCUCUUCUAGCAAAAGGCUUAACUUGUAGAGUGGAUCUGAUACUGCCGAUUGUGGAGGCUGACUUCUCCUGGCCUGUUGGGAAGACGUAUGAGAAGGUUCGAGAUGGGUAUGAAGAGAAGCUGUGUUUCGGCUUCAUCCUGAACCAGGAGCACGCACUAAACAUCAUCGACAAAGGGCCCGCCGCCAACUUGCCCGAGGCUGAAGAAUUCAGAGGUUUCUGGGGCGACAAGUCUGAACUGCGCCGUUUCCAAGAUGGCUCCAUCACCGAGACGUGCGUGUGGGAGGGAGACACCCUAUCGGAGCGCCGCUCUAUCCCACGACAAAUCGUGGAAUACCUUCUCAAGAUGAAAUAUGACAUCCCACCCACAGACUUAUUCCACAUCCUCGAACAGCUGAACUCUCUCACAACCCGCAAACAGUACACGCGCGAAAAAAGAAUCGAGAGCGAGGAGAGCGCUCUAGCGGCGUUACAGGCGGCCGAUGAUUUACGCAGAGACUUACGUGCGCUUACGCAGUUACCGUUAGAUGUCAGCGCUGUUUAUGGCACAUCGUCGGUGUUUAGUUACUGCGACCCCACACCGCCGUUGCCGGCGCCGCCAUACAAUCCGUGGCGCCGAGGCGGCACGUGUCUGAUUAAGGAUAUAGAGAAGGAUGGCGUUUUCCAAGCACCAGAAUUCGUGCCUGUUUGCGAAACCGUUGUUGAGUUGGGUCACAGCGGCAAAUGGCCCGGUGAACUAGAAGCCUUCCGCUGCCUCAAAGCUGCCUUCAAUCUCCAAAUAGCAGACAGAUUAAACAAGCAGUUCGAUCUGCCAACCCAGGCCUACCCGACGCAUAUAGACGUCUUGAAGAAUGGACUAGUUUUCAGGCUGGUUAUCGCGCAUCCGAAGGAAAUCACUCUUUUGAGGAGAGAGGUGGAGAACGGAGUAGUGAAAUUCAAAGAAAGCGAAGAGAGCAUAAAGUUGCAGCGAGAUACAGUCCUGUUACCGCGACUUAGAGGUGCUUUGCACGGGCUCCACCAACGCCACCCGUCGUUCGGCGUGUCCGCCUGCCUGCUGCAGCGCUUCCUGUCCGCGCACCUGCUGGCGCCGCAGUUCCCGGCGCGCGCCGCGAGCCUGCUGGCCGCGCGCGUGUUCCUGUCCGCGCCCGCCGCGCCGCUGCUCGGGUUCAUGAGGAGCCUGAGGCUGCUGUGCGAGACCGACUGGGGGAGCGAGAUGGUGGUGCUGGAUUUUAAUGGGGAUAUGAAACGGGAAGAACUCCUAGAAAUCGAAACCAAGUUCUCCCAACGUGACUCCACAGCGCCAUACAUGUACAUAGUGACGUCAUACGACGGCGACCUCCCCUCAGUAUGGACCAUGCAAGCACCCACUAAACAUACUGUACUACGUGCUCAAGCGUUGGCAAGGAAUACAUUAACUUACAUGGAGAAUAAGUUGAUGAAAGACAUGCUUGAUAACGUAUUGAGCAUCUUCGUGCCGUCCUACGCCGGCUACGACGUACUAAUCCACCUCCACCCCUCACUGACCCCCUACUUGUCUGAGCGGGUCGACGUGAAGCCCAAACCUAAACCGUUGCCUGACGGCGCCGGUGACGUCAUACCGGUCGUGCAGUUCAACCCUGUCAGGAGAUACUUGGACGAACUUACGAGUGCAUACAGUGACUUCGCGUUAUUCUUCCAUGAUUACUACGGCGGUGAGAUAAUCGCUGUGCUGUGGAAACCAGACAUUGGAGACGAGAAAGAGUUCCAGGUCGCUAAUGCAAGCGCCCUACGACCGACAGGCAAUGGCGACAAGUACAAAGUGAACACGGCAGCCAUUAUUGAAGACUUCAAGAUACUGGGUGCGGGGUUAGUGAAACAUGUCACUGUUAACAACUAGAACAUUUAAUAUAGUUGUUGAAGUAA